AUGACAAAUCUCACCAUUGGUAUUUACCCAUACUUCUCAUAUAAUCCUGAAGUUCAUGUUGCUGCAGUUUUUGCUGGACUGGUAUAUCUUUCGUUGCUUCUGUGGUUUAUUCAAUCAUUAUGCGAACUCAUUCUACGUGCUACAUUAACUCUUGAAGAACGAAACACAAAAAAAUUGUAUAGAAUUACAGCAACACUCUUAACUAUAAGCUCUCAAACCUUACUGGCAUCAAGUUUUCAAUGUUUAGUAGAAAUGCGUGGCAAUAUGAAACGUCGAACAAUUGAUAUAGUUGCAGCAAUAAUCGUGCCUAUUGCUUCUUAUGAGGUUGUAAAUAAACAAUCAUCGAAAAUGUGUUGUACUUAUCCAACAAUAUUUAAAUCAUAG